AGACUGCGCUCCCGUCUUAUUAAUUUUUAAUGGAAAAUGGCUGCGUUUCUUAUCCAAACCGCUGGAGCUGCCAGAUAAAAAAAGAACCCGUCCGGCCGAACCGUUUCGCGUCUCGUCGCCGUUCCCGGGCCGAAACAAACCGAUGUGGUGACCGCAUACGAGCCAGCCGACGUCCCGUGGAGCGAAAAUAUCCGUGGAAAUGGACCGACUCACGCUUUGAAGGGAUGAAAGAUCAUUUUUCUCCUUAACCCUUUCUGCUCCGAAAUCCGCCGAACAAUCGAGCAGAAGAUGAUGCGUCAGGUGACCAGCAGCGACUUCUGCAUGAACAGCAGGCCGUCAUGCCUCGCAGAGGACGGCCACCACCCCGCCUCCCACUUCGACCUGUGCACCUCACAGGCCAGCAAGUUCUACCCUCCUCCCCCUCCGUCGUCCCUCCAGAUGACGCUGGCCCCCAUGGCCUUACCCACCCAGAGCCACAAGCCCAUGGUGUGCCAGAGACAGGAAGUCCUCGGGGGCGACCCCCGCUCCACUGGAAAAAUACCAGGAAUAAAGGGCAGCGACCAAGCGCCGGAGGACGGCAAGAAGAAGAGCAAGUCUGCGGGGAAGACGGGCCGGCGUGGGAGGCCUCUGGGAACCACCAAGCUAGCCGGAUACAGAACCAGCACGGGGCGGCCCCUCGGCACCACCAGAGCCGCCGGGUUCAAGACGAGCCCGGGAAGGCCGCUGGGUACGACCAGAGCAGCGGGGUACAAGGUCAGCCCCGGACGGCCUCCCGGCAGCAUCAAAGGCCUGUCGCGCCUCAACAAACUGGCUUACAGUAGCACCUGCAGCGGAGCGGCUUUCCCCUAUCCGCUGCCACACAAAGAAAUCCUCUGUGAACCUUCCUGCAAAGAGAAGACAGCCAAUGAGUAACGGCUCCACCCUGUUUCUACUUCACCCGUCAUCGCUGGAACAAGAGACGCACAUGCACAGGUUUCCCGCCACAUACUGGGGGCGAUUGUAAACUUUCCCAGUCUGCUGUGACGCUGAGAGGAGGAGAUUUUCUAUUAUUCGUGUUGGUGUCAUUUGUGUGCCUGCCACCCGAUAAUAUUACUGUUAGUUUUUCAGUGCUACUGCUGGAGAUCUAUAGUGUGUGAAAGGUUUCACUACACAACAUUUGCUGUGUCUGUUUUCUUGGGGGGAAAAAGAAUAAAACCAGAUGUUCUUUGAGGAAAAGGCUUUUAUCUAACAACCGUAGUGGUAGCUUGGUUUUUAGUGUGCUAUAUGUAGCAUUUUAACACCAAUAAUACUGUUUACUGUAUAAUGCUGUAAACAAAGGAGAGCGUUACUGAGAGGACAGAAAUCUGCUGAGCUGCUACAAAACUUCUAAAUGUUCUCACACUACAGUUUUAUACUGUUAAUACUGUCGGAUUUUCACUCUCGCUGUUUAAACAAACACAACAAACGAAAAGGACGGAUGAGAAGGAGAACCGUUGUAGGAAAUAGAAAUACAGAGGAAUGUCUGGUGGUCAAGUGUUCUGCUCAGUGCCACUAUAAAGAUACACAAACAGAUAUUUAUCCAGGCUAACAGCACCCCACAGCUGAAACAGAAUAACAAUAUGUCGCUCUCCACUCUAAACGUCGCCUCACAAAACGUCUACGUAUUACUUGCAUGCAGACGUCCUCAAAACGACUCGACUUGCAGAUUGUUGUUUGAAAUAACGCCGUUAUCCAAGUCUGAACUAAGGUUCUGUAUGUAAUGUAAUGUUUUUCACAGAAAGUGCGUAUAAAACAAACAAAAAAUAAAUAAAUCAGCUCACCUCCCACUCUGCUUCUAACCUGCUAAACGCUGGCCUUGUUGCUCCAUCAAACACAGAAGUUUCUCUGUUCUGCUCGGUGCUGGAUCACUCUUCAGGACCGCUACAUAGUUGAACAGCUUACUCGCUUAUUCACCGUUUUCUACUAAAUGGCUUCCGGUUUUGGUGAAAAUACUAAAAUUAUACAUUUUAUAAAACUCUGUUUUUCUGCACAGCGUUCACGUUUCAUUUCGUCUCACCUUAAAGUAGCAAAGGAAGAAUUUUCCUCAGUAAAAUGUAUUAAAUCAGUUUGGUUUUCAAAAAGUACUGUAAAUUUACUCCCAUUUUCAACACUUAAUCCUCUCCUGCUGUUGCACUGAACCUUUAUUUUGUGGCUAUUCUCACAGUUUCCCAAAUUAUGUAAUUACUGCGUUACAUUCCCGUCUCCUACAGCAAAACGAGGUGCGAUGUAAGCAUCUGUGACUGUCUUACUGCAUCUAUACAUAGAGAGGAAGAGUACAGCGUUCCCCUUGUAUCGUUGUCACAUUUACAGUGACGCUCAGAGAGUCUGUAUUACACCACAAGAUGCAUUUUUUUUGUUCUGAACAAGGGUACAAUCUCGGCUAACAAUCAAAAUCCAGGUCUGAAUUAACAUAUAUUGUGCUUUAAUGUUGCAUUCGUCCCAGAAAAACGAGCACAUCUAAUCUAAUCUCUGAUGAAUUUGCUGCUGAAUGCGCUGACGGUGAAUGAUGGGACACUGUAUUUACAAAAUGUCUUUAAAUUGUGUGACAGAAAUUUGCCCGACUUUUUUUCAUUUUGUAAACAAAUGAGACCAUCACUGACCAGGCUUCUUUUGGACCGAUGGGUUGUGUUUUGUGGGAAUUGUGCAGACAGAGGGCGCUGUUCCUCCAGAAAAACAAUCAAAACCGUCCUUUACUCCAUCCGAAAAGAAAUGACGACGAAAAAAGCACAUUUGUUGAAGCUGAUGAAGAGUGUGAGACAAAUCAUCUCAAUCCUGGCCUCAUUUGUUUACGCUAAGAAUUUAUAGAAAUGUGUAAAAUUCUACAUUUAAAUGAACAAAAAUCUUGAUCUUUGUUUUGUAUUUUUCCAAUCAUGUCUGUUUUUUAAUAUUGCUAUUUAUUCUGCUUUUUUCUUUCUCUCAUUGCCCUGUAAAGCACUUGAAACUGACACUAAUGUACAAGAAUUUAGAAAGAAAUGAGGAGAUAAGCUAGUUUUAUUGGUUUAGCAGUUCCGUCACGACUCGCUCAGCAAAUGUCACAUUUAGUCAGAUAUGAUCCUGAUCCAGAAUUUGACUGUUUGCUCUGAUCAAUGCUAAACUCUCAGCUCGUCCUAGUGACCGUUAGAUGGUUUAUUAUUCAUUCGAGGGGAUUUCAGUGCGACUUCACUGAGUUUUGACAAAGUAAAAGCGGUUAAAUCUGGUGCAAUAAUAUGUUGUACGUAUUGUACUGUGGAAACUUUGAUACUAUCACUUUUUAUUAUCGUUGUGUUUUUAAACUCGUGUACAAGGCCUCUUAUCACUUGUUUCGUUGACGUGUGCAGUGCUGUUACAGAGAUAAUUGAAAUGUCGCGUACAAAACGUCCCUUUCGCCCUCCUCUACCAAAGAAUACGAUCUUAUCUAACCAUAGAUGCUAUUUGAUUUAGAAAUACUCCAACAUCUCACAACUUAGCAUGAAAGUUACUGUGUACAAUGUAAGUGAAAAAAAAGCACCAUCAGUUAAAGGUAGUGUGAUUGUUUGGGUUCAAACCUCUCCAUGGCUGCAUCUGAUGCUCUUCCUGGUGUAAAGGCUUCAAACGGCGGUUUACUGAAUGCUUUGUAAAUGACUCCACACUGACAUCCCAUCGUUUUUAUAUCCCCCUGUUUCUCUGCUUUGACAGUAGUGUCCUUUUUUAUUAUAUAUGACUCUUAUGUAGCCAUGUUUGAUAUUUAACUGAUGGCUUUUGUUGAGGCUGACGUGGUUCCUGGUUGUCACACAUUCUGAAGUUUGUGAGGUUUUUGUUUUGUUUUGUUUUGUUUUUACACAGUGUUUGUGUUCGAGUGAAGCCGGAUUUGUAUGUUUGUUAGAAACCCUCAUAGGACAAAUGUGCUCGCUGUUAGCGGGUAUUUUAACACGAGGAAAAGUGGAAAGUAGCAAAACUAACGUCUGACUGUCUGUCACACUGUUAGGGGCUAAUUUGGACAUUUGAACCAAUGCUAAAUUUACUAAUAACUAUUAUUCCCGUGACAAAUCCAAAUGUUUUCUGUGAAACAGACCUCCUGUCUUUCCUGCCCCAUCUUCCAGGUAGCCACUGUUUAUUAGCGUCUCCAGCUUAAUUGGACUUUUCUACUGAAAAGCUGAAACAUGUUUCUCCAUCUUUAAGCCAGAGAUGUCGAACUCAUUUUAGUUCAGGUUCCACAUUCAGCCCAGUUUGAUCUCUGAUAGGCCAGAGCAGUAGAAUCACAGCAUGAUAACCUAGAAAUAAUAAAAACUCCACAUUUUUCCUGUUUUAGUGCAAAAAAGUGCAUUCUGAAAAUGUUCACAUUUAAGGAAUUAUCUUUUUACGAAACAUUACGAACAACCUGAAAACAAAAGAGAUAAAAAAUAAACAAAAACGUUACAAAGGGACAAAAAAUGGACAAACGACAAAAACGAUGCACAAAAUAAGGAAUAAAGCAAAACUCAAAAUGACAAAAGGAAGACAAAAAAACAGAUAAAGCCAGAUAAAAAGGAAACACAAAAUGACAAAAACAUGAGGCAAACGACAAAAGUCAGACAAAAAAGGCAAAAAAAAUACAAGAAUGAGACACAAACUAAGAAAAAUUAGCUACAAAAGCAAAAGAGAGAAACAAAAUGACCAAAAAUGAGACAAAUGACAUGAAUCAAAACAGAAAAAGAAAAAAUGAAGCAAAAAAAAUUACAAAGCGACUAAAAAAAUUAGACAAACGACAAAAGUCAGACAAAAACAAUAAAAAAACGGUGAAAUGUUACAAAUAUGAAACACAAAGCGACGAAUAAUCUAGUGCUUUAUUUUAUAAUCAAAACAACUUGUCAUGAUCUAGAAAUUAUUUUUAUUUAUAGUUUUACACAUUCUCUGUCAUUUUUACAGUAACAGAAAACAGGAUUGUUGUGUUGUUCUGUCUCCCUGUGACGUAUAUUUAACCCAAAAAGUCAGAUUUCACGAUCCAGUGCAGUGAUAGUAGAUAUUUAUUUGUCUCAUUAUGUGAUAAAAAAUCCCCAAGAACGUGUUUCAGCUCUUUGGAAAGAAAACCCGCUCAGAUAUAGAUGAUAAUUAACCUAGUUUGACCUCUAAAUCUCAUCUUAUUAAGCUGUUCAAAAGUAUAUAUGAAGCCCAAAAUGAUACUUUAUUAUACUUUAUUAUAUUUAGCUCUCUCCUCUGAGAAAAAAACAGUCUACUGACCUCACAACAUCCUGAAUUUCUUUCCUUCUGUUUCACCAUGUCGCUUUGAGUUCUCACGUAAAAUACUUUAGAACAAGGUGUUGGAACUUUUAGAAUAUAUACAACUUCUUUUCUAAAUUUAGUCCACUUCUAAGGAGGACGUGAAAAGUGUGAAGGGACGAUUAUUAUCUAAGAAUCACCUGAUUACGUUAAACCAGUGCUCACCCAAAGCACACAUUUCUUAAUAUUUUACUGCUUUUUUUGUAUUUUUUUCUCACCAUCUUCAGCAUUCCAACAACACUCGGCCUUUGGUCCGUAGAUGACGAUUUAGAAAAGAGUCUUACCUCACAUUUUGAGUGUUUUGGAGGAGACGUGAAGCCCGGCUAACUCCUGAAGUGUGAUUGGCGAAGCCUGUAAAGCUUUGUACAAUUCCCAUUUUACUCCUGCAUGAUUGUUGUGGAAUGUUCAAAAGUUGUGUAAUAAAUCUGAAAGUAACGCUG